AUGUCACUCACUUCUUCAGAAUGUAGCGAGUCAGAAAACGAUUCUAAUGACGAACGAUGGGAUGAUUGGGAGGAGGAAGAGGGAAAUCAACAGAAUCUCAAAUGCUUAUUUUGUAAACAAUUAUUUUCUACCUCAUCGAAUGAUUUAUUUUUUCAUUGUAUCGAAUAUCAUGGAUUUGAUUUUCAAAAAAUUCGAUUGGAUUUGAAACUUGAUUUCUAUCAAUCAAUUCGCUUGAUAAAUUAUAUUCGUAAACAAGUCUUGGAAAUUCCCGAGUUAGAGAAUGUGACUUCUUAUUCAAUAUCUGAAAUAUCAUCUGUUAUUAAUAAUGAUGAAUAUCUUAAACCUGUUCUUGAAGAAGAUUCAUUAUUAUACGCUUUUGACAAUGAUGAAAUUGAAGAUGAUGAUUUUGAUGAGAAAAUAAAUUUAGAUGGAAUAGAAGAUCAAAAUCAAGACAUAAAUCCAACCACUCCAUUGGAACAUGAACUUUUAAAAAAAUUAAGGAUAACAGAAGAAAAACUUUUUAACACUCAAGUUCAACUUAAGAAAGUAGAAACACAAUCUGAUGAAUAUCGUAAUAUGGUCAAAGAAUCACUCUUUGAUAUUUAUUCUGAUGCCAAGAGUGAAAAGUCAAUGAUAUCGACUAAUAUUUAUGGAGAAAUGGCUAAUUAUUAUUUUGAUUCAUACGCAAAAACCAAUAUUCACGAGGAAAUGCUGAAAGAUCGUGUACGAACCGAAAGUUAUCGGGAUUUUGUAUAUGAAAAUAAAGAUCUUUUCAAGGGAAAGACUGUUUUGGAUGUUGGAUGUGCUAAAGCCGGAGCUUCUCAAGUUUUUUCUGUAGACAAAUCAGAUAUAAUUCAUCGAGCAAAAGAAAUUGUUAAAGAAAAUCAGUUAGAAAAUGUUAUCACUCUUAUAAAUAGUAAAGUUGAAGAUAUCAAUCUUCCCGUGCCAAAAGUCGAUAUUAUAAUUUCAGAAUGGAUGGGAUAUUUUCUAUUAUUUGAAGGAAUGUUAGAUUCUUUGAUUGUUGCGCGUGAUCAAUGGCUUUCACAGGAUGGAAUUCUUGCACCUAGUUAUUGUCAACUUUUUCUGGCUGCCAUCGAAGACGACGAUUUAAUAAAUGAUAAAUUUAAUUUCUGGAAUGAUGUUUACGGAUUCAAAAUGACAGCUAUGAAAAAUCCCGUUAGACAGAGUGUCAUAGUUGACUACGUAAAACCACAAGCAAUUAUUACUAACGAAGUACCAUUAUACACAAUUGAUAAAUUUGGAUUAAAUUUUACUUCACCUUUUACAUUCAAAGUUAUUCGUGAUGGACCUAACGGAACAGAAACACAUUGGGGACAGACAAUAUUUAUGCUAGAACAUGGAAUUUCGGUAGAAUGCGGAACAAUAAUUACGGGAUCAUUUGAUUGUCGCAAAAGUAAAGAGAAUCCACGAGACCUUGAUUUAAAAAUUAAAUAUAAAGUAAUAAGAACAGGAGGUGAAGAUGAUGAGAAACCCUUUGUCUCUCUUCCCAAAAGACCAGUAAUACCCGUAAAAAUGGUGCAAGAAUUUCCAACCGAACUACAACUUUUGAUUUUAACUGAUGUUCUUAAUCUUACGAGGUUAAACAUAUUUCCAUCAGAGAAAAUUGAACCAUCAUAUAACUAUGAAACCAAACAAUUCAAUAUAAAUUUUGAUUCUACAGAUAUUUAUGAAUCAUUUUCUCUAAAUGAAUAUGGCUUUGCUCGAGAGACAAUUUUCGUAUAUUUUGGAUGGAAAAUUUCUACAAACAUGAUUGGAUUUCAAAUUUGUACCAUAGAUUUUUCUAAAUUAAUAGAUAAUUCAAGAUAUGAAUUUGGGAAGGAGAAAAGAAAAGACAAACAUUUUAGAAAAUUAUCGGUUGAAAGUAUAAAGAUUCCUGUUGGCGAUCUUUGUUUGAUUAUUGAUCAAUUAGAGAACAAGAUUGGACAUCAUUAUAAAUUCAAGUUUAUAUUUAAUAAUCCGAUUAUUGAAAAUUUCAGUAGCGAGAAUGAAUUUUUUUAUUGGUGGGAUGAUGAAGAGUUACGACCUGUUCGACAAUAUUCCGAAGACAUCUCGCCAACUAGAUUUAAUUCAUUUGAAACUGAAGGUGGCUACGUUUACGAUCACGAAUAUGAUAUGUAUUAUUGA